AUGGACCUCAAUGCCACAGACAGCAAGUCAUCCUCACGCCCCAUGCGCCUCCGUGUGGAAGACUUCAUCCGCCAAAAACAAAAAGACAUCAUCUCCGCCCUCGAAGCUCUCGACGGGACAACCUUCCGCAAAGAUGAAUGGUCGCGACCCAACUCCGGAGGCGGCGGCCGCACCUGCGUGCUGCAAGACGGAAACGUCUUCGAAAAGGCCGGCGUCAACAUCAGCAUCGUCCACGGCACGAUGAACCGCGGCGCGAUCGAGGAGAUGCGCCAGAACCACAAGAACAUCCACACCGACGAUGUCGACGAGCUACGAUUUUACGCGCUGGGGCUCAGCAUGGUUGUCCACCCCAAGAACCCCAUGGCGCCGACGGUGCAUAUGAACGGCCGUUACUUCGAGACCGUCCGGGCGGACGGUGCUGCGCAGACGGCUUGGUUCGGCGGUGGGAGCGAUCUCACGCCGAGUUAUCUUUUUGAGGAAGAUGCUGAGCACUUCCAUCGUACGCUGAAGGAGGCGUGUGAUGAGCAUGAUGUUGGUUAUUAUCCCAGGUUUAAGAGGUGGUGCGAUGAGUAUUUCAAUAUCAAGCACCGGGGCGAGAGGAGGGGUAUCGGUGGCAUCUUCUUCGAUGAUCUCGACGAGGAGUUUGGGGAUCUCGAGCAGACCUUUCGGUUUCUGCAGUCGACGAUGGACGCUCUGGUGCCUGCAUAUGUACCGAUUGUUGAGAAACGGAAAGAUGUGCCGUUUGACGAUGGGGAAAGGGAGUGGCAACAGAUUCGGAGGGGACGAUACGUCGAGUUUAACCUCGUACAUGAUCGCGGGACGGCUUUCGGUUUGAAUGUUCCAGGGUCUAGGGUGGAGAGCAUCUUGAUCAGUCUGCCGGUGACGGCUCGGUGGGAAUACAUGUACGAAGAGCCGGAAGCUGAGAGUCGAGAGGGCAAGUUGUUAGCUGUUCUGAGAAAGCCGAGGGACUGGGUUCUGUAG